UUUGCACAUCACUAAUUUCAACUCCACGUUGUUUUGGAUUGGUGCAUUUUUUAAACAAGUUUAAAAUUAAAAAACAAAUGGGCCGUAAAUUUCAAAAGAAAGGAAAGAAGGUCGAGCAGUUGGAGAUUGUGCCGCUGGAUGAAAAUCCACCACUCCCAUCACAACGACCAUCUGAUGAAGUGAUUCCAAAAAAGGAGAAAUGGAUCAACAAACAGCGUGUAUUGGUGUUUGCCGCACGUGGUAUCAGCCAUCGAGACAGACAUUUAAUGCGUGAUAUCAAAACAUUGAUGCCGCAUCAUCGUGCCGAGUCCAAAAUGGAGCGUGCCAAAACGUUGUCGGUCAUCAAUGAAAUGUCUGAGAUGAAGCACUGCAACAAGGCUAUGUUGUUUGAGGGACGCCGUAAAAGAGAUCUGUACAUGUGGGUGGCGAAUACUUCGGGUGCUACCGGACCAUCUGCUAAAUUUCUCAUUGAGAAUAUUCACACAAUGGCUGAGCUGAAAUUGACCGGCAAUUGCUUGAAGGGUUCGCGUCCGUUCCUAUCGUUUGAUGCUAAGUUUGACGAGUUGCCACAUCUGAAACUGCUCAAAGAGUUGUUGGUGCAGACAUUUUCGGUGCCUAACCAUCAUCCCAAGAGCCAGCCGUUUAUUGAUCAUGUGUACACAUUCACCUACCUGGAUAAUCGUAUCUGGUUCCGUAAUUUCCAAAUCCUUUCCGAAGAUGGUGGUCUCUCCGAGGUGGGACCCCGCUAUGUCAUGAAUCCUGUAAAGAUUUUUGAUGGCUCAUUUACGGGCAAAACCAUUUGGGAGAAUCCCGACUACGUGAGUCCAUCGAAGCAGCGACAAUUGUUGAAGAAGGCUGCCAAGGACAAAUAUGUUAAUCGUGUUGAGCAAAAGGUGCAACACGAAGCAACGCGUCCCAUGAAUGCUUAUGAGGGUCUGGACAAUGAAGAGAUCUUCGACGACGAGGACCCCAUUGAGACAGCCAAACUGUUAGCACUGAAGGCCAAAAAGAAGGCACAGCAAACUAAAACGCCGAAGGCGGCAUUGACACAAAAGAUUAAGGACAAACAGAUGAAGGCCGUGCAGAAGGUGAUUGAGCAAAGGAAGGCCAAGGUGAAACGUGAGAAAAAGGUUUAAAUGUUUUAUUACGAAUAAAUAUACAUAAAUACAUAUAUAUAAAAAAUGGAUACAUUUAAUAAAUACAGUUACAACUUCUUGUGCA